AUGCCAGAUGUGUUGCAUCAGCUCUACCAGGGUAUCAUAAAGCACCUCAUCAAGUGGAUCAAGGAGGCAUGUAGUGAACCUGAGAUUGAUGCUCAUUGUCAUAGGCUUCCCCCAAACCACAAUAUCCGCUUGUUUCUGAAAGGAAUCAGUAACCUCUCACAUGUUAGUGGAAUGGAGCAUAACCAAAUCUGUCACUUCCUGCUCAGUAUUGUCACUGGCAUACAGCUGCCUGGAAAUCUCAAUAAUGCUUGCCUUACUCAUGCCAUUCAUGCUAUCCUUGAUUUCCUUUACCUCACACAAUACCCUUCUCACACAGAUCAAACUCUAGUACUGCUCGACGAUGCCUUGACACACUUUCAUGAUAACAAGGAUAUCUUCCUUGAUCUUGGGAUCCGAUCAAAUUUCAACCUCCCAAAGCUUCACUCCUUCUGUCACUAUGUACAUAUGAUCAAAAUGUAUGGCACAACUGACAACUACAACACCAAGUACACCGAACAUUUACACAUUGACCUCAUGAAGGAUGCUUACAGGGCUACCAACUGUAAAGACAAGUAUAGUCAAAUGACACUCUGGCUCAAAAGAUGUGAGAAGAUGUUGUGGCAUGAUAACUUUGUUCAAUGGCGUCUUGUUGGUGAUCUUGCCUUGCAAGAAAGGUCACAACCAGACAUGGAUUAUCAUUGGGCAAUCAAGAUGACAAAACACCCAACCAUCAAAUGUGUUCCAUUGGAUCGCAUUGUGCAAGACUAUGGCACCACUUUUUUCACAGCAGCAUUGGCUUGUUACAUGGUUGGCAGAAAUCAAUCUGGUUUAUCUGCAGCACAACUGGAACAAGAGGCUGCUCAUAUCAUUCUUCCCUUCGAUACUGUGGCUACAUUCCACAGGAUCAAAUUUCAUGCAAUUGAUGCUUGCAGGUUCUGGAACUCAAGUGUAACUGUAGAUUCUGUGCAUUCUCAACCAUCACAGAAGGACAAGAGAGGGCACACAAUCCCCACACACUUUGAUACUGUUUUGGUCAAUGAAGGGGAUGGUGGGAUAAUGGGUGUGGAUGGUGCAUUUGCAUUUGUGUGA